ACAAAAAAUACCGGGUAAACCAAACCAAAAAAGCAAUACAAUGUCUAUCUCUUUAUCAGGAGUAAUGAUUUAUUGUUGUUGUGCAUCCAACCAUUGAAAACCCUUGUAUCAACCCCAAAAACCGGUUGCUGUAGGUGGGAUUCUCCAUUCGAUUUCAGGGUCCUGACUCCUGACUACUGAAAUUCUGAAUUCUGAUUCAACCAUUUAUUUCCUUCCUCACGCCACUAUCCCUUGGGUACUCUCUCCCUCAUUUGCUUUACUAAAUCAGGCCUUUAUUGGAAGCAAUGGAGCAAAAUGCAAAAAUGGUAUCUAGCCCAUCCAAGGGUUUAUUGCAGAGUGAAGAUUUGUAUCAGUAUAUCCAGGAGACUAGUGUUUUCCCACGUGAACCAGAAUUUCUCAAGGAGCUAAGGCGUGUCACUGCUAGCCACCCAAGGGCUAUGAUGGCUACCUCACCAGAUGCCGGUCAGAUGAUGGCCAUGCUGUUGAAGCUAGUAAACGCGAAAAAGACUAUUGAAGUUGGAGUUUUCACGGGAUACUCUCUACUCCUCACUGCCCUUACAAUUCCAGAGGAUGGCAAGAUUAUAGCUAUAGAUGUAAAUCGGGACCCUUUUGAUAUUGGGUUGCCGGUAAUUAAGAAAGCUGGUGUUGCUGACAAAAUUGAUUUCAUUGAGUCUGAGGCGUUACCUGUUCUUGAUCAGCUAUUACAGAAUCAUGAAAAUGAAGGGAGUUUCGACUUUGCUUUUGUCGAUGCUGACAAGGUCAAUUAUUGGAACUACCAUGAGAGGCUGAUGAAAUUGUUAAAGGUGGGUGGGGUAGCUGUCUAUGAUAACACACUUUGGGGAGGGUCAGUUGCAAUGCCUGUUGCAUUGGUUCCAGAGUUCAUGAAACCCGGCAGACAGUUGACAAUUGAGCUUAAUAAAUUACUUGCAGCUGAUCAGCGAGUCCAAAUUUCACACGCUUCAGUGGGUGAUGGUAUCACAAUCUGCAGGCGUCUCUACUGAAUUACUGCUUGGAUUUAAUCUGUAUUUUACUUUGUUUUCUUUUCUCUAUAGAAAGGAAAUGCAUGAGAACAAACUAAGCAGCAUCACAAGUAUUUAUUUCUUUACUUGUUUUAUGAGCUGGAAUGUAAAAUUCACCCGAAGUAGCCAGCAUAGAUUAUUACUUCAUUGCAUAUUACUUAUCAUAUGUAACUGUUUGCAACUUUGAAUCAGAAGAUGCUGAUGUUGCUAAGAUACAGAUUGCUUCA